GGAGCUUCAAGCGGCAAACUUUUCAACUCCGCAACAACUUUCCUCAGUCUCUAAAACUGGUUCGCUACAGUCGCAACAUGCGCUUCAUACGUCCUUGUGUGUGUAGCAAUGAGAAACCUGAGGUCCAAAUGUGAUGGCCACACCCACGACGUGGCGGCUUCUGCCCGUCUUGCUGGUCACCUUCUCGUACCGUUGUUGUUCUGCCUCAGGCCCCCCUGCUCCUCCCUCCAUCCUUGAGUGUUAUAGACCAUGUGAUCAGAAGGACUGUUCAGUUAUAAAAUGCAUUUGGGAUCCAAAGCCACACCCUGGUGCCCCAACUAAUUAUAACCUUCACUGGAAAGCAGAAAAUGCAGAGGAUGAGCAUGUGACCAAUGGGAAUAGUUCAGAUGGAUUAAUUCAUCGUGAAAACUUUGUGAGCCAUGGAAACCUCAGGGUUUGGGUUCAGGCUCGGAACGAGUUUGGUUCUGUCAAUUCUCAGGAAAUUGUUAUCCAUACACAAGACAUCAUCAAGCCACCACCUCCUACAUUUGUAUCAAGCCAUCAAGAUCCAUUAGAGAUUUAUUGGAGCAGCAUUUGCGGUGAGCUGCAGCUUAGUGUUGGACUCUGUGACGUCAGAUAUCGUACUAAGGAUCACCAAAACUGGAUUCAAUAUGUAUAUAAUCUCAGUAGCAGCUUUGCAGUCAUGGAGCCCCAGCCCAACAUCGUUUAUGAAUUUCAGGUCCGUUGUCAGUGUGACUCAAGCCUGAUUAGUGACUGGAGUCCAAGCUAUACAAUAAAAAGCACAGAGUCGGCCCCAGUUGGAGAGGUGGAUGCAUGGUGGGACUGCGGGCAGCUUCUGUCAAGCUUUGACUGUUUUCUGAACUGGAAGAAUCUUUCUGUUUCUCAGGCACGAGGGUACAUUCUGGGAUAUGAAGUCAAAUUUUGCUACAAUAAUGGCACUGUGCAGCAGAUGAAUGUGUCCACAGAUGACCCAAGUAGCGUCUUUUUGUAUGAUAAAAUGAAGUGGCGCCUCAAUUUACCUCUGAAGGACAUGUCAUCUGUUAAUGUCUCAGCCUACAAUGCUCUUGGUGCUACAAAAGCUUCUCCUCUGUCUAUGCCAACAUCAGGUAAACAAGCGAAUGAACCAACAAUUUACCUCGACAUGAACGAACAGAACCUCACUGUGUCCUGGAACCUGCCAUCUAAGUUCUUUGACAGCGUCAAACAGUAUGUGGUGCAAUACAAAGAGUGUCAGCCUGGAAACAGUUUUGACUGGAUUAAAGUGGACAAAAAUCAGAUGACAGCCUUUUUUAGAGGGGCAUUUAAAAGGUACACAUCAUACCAAGUGUCAUUGUUUACAGUGUCAAACUUCAAUGAAGUCAGUCAGCUUGCAACAGCCAUAGGAUAUUCUGUUCAGGGAGUUCCCUCCAGAGUGCCUUCAUGUGGGACAUCUCAUUUUUCUGGCACUGGUGUGACUUUGUUUUGGGAGCCUGUUCCCAGCUCCAACCAGAACGGGGUGAUCUUGUACUACCAAAUAGGAUUAAACACACAAAAAGUAUACAACGUGAGUGUAACCCCAGAUCAAGGAAACAUGACUUUCAAGCUGCGGGAUCUUAGUCCAGGUCAGGAGUACAGGGUUUGGAUAAGAGCUGUGACCGUGGCUGGGUCGGGGGCAGUGGUCACCACAACAUUCAAAAUCAAUCAUGAUGAAGACUACGUUUAUUUAAUUGUCACUGUGGUGGUGCUGGUCUUCCUUUGCCUCUUUGGUUGCAUGCUGUGUUUUUUUCUAAGAACCAAUAAAAUAUGCCCAGUUGCAUCGCAGUGUCUUUAUGAGAAAGUUCCCGAUCCCAGCAACAGCCAUAUCUUCAGACAGAUGAAGCACCAGAUUAACGAGCCCUUGACCUGGAUCUGCGAUCCUCACAAUGAACCGUAUCCUAGCAUCUCUGUUUUGGAAGUCGUGGAAAAAAAGGAAUUUGACUCUGACAGGAUGAGAAAGGAGACUAGUUGUUACCAGAUGGACUGCCAAGAUGAAGAAAGGGAGGAUCCCAUCACAGAAAACGGUGACAUUACAGACGGCAGAUACAGGAGAAAAGAGUACAGUAAAAUGGUUGACUUGGAUGAAGAGAAGAAUGAUUGUUGGAGCUCAUCAGAGGAAGAACAGUCUACCUCAGGUUAUGAAAAGCACUUCAUGCCCUCUGCUUUGGAAAUAAUGGUGGAGUGAAGAUAUAUUAGCUCAAGAUCAUGGACAUUCAUUUUUAUUGUUUUGUACGUAUUGCCAUGUUUUAUGUUUUUGUUACUGAAGUGUUUGUAUAUAAUAAGGUUUUGUUAAAAAGCUUCAUCAGUGGUCACUGCAGGAAGACCGCAAACAGCUCCAGCUUUUCUAUUUUGUGACCUCCGACUUUUAGGUUGUAUUCUUUGAGGUUUGUUCUUUUAUUUGAUUGCAUCAUGUCUAACCAAAUAAAUGUAUUUUUGAGUUUUCCGUUUUCCCGUUUACUGUCCUUCUAUCCUGAAUCAAGAGAAUUUUGGAUUAAGCAGUAUUUUUUGAAGGGAGGGGGGUGUUUAAUACUAGAAUUUCAUUGUCAUCAAGAGAUUAUUCCAACUUGGUACAACAUUCUUUGUUUUUGUCAUUCUGAUGAAAUACACAAUCAUCUCUGUAAGCUAAGAAAACCAAAAGGUUAAGCUGCUUUGUCAGUAGUGUGUGUUGUAAAUCCAUAUUUUAAACAUAAGGAAUAAAAACACUGAAUGAAUCCUCAAGGA